AUGGGCUCUAACCAGAGGGGCAGCAUCUAUCAAGUACUUAAGUCAAAUAAAAUUGGAUCCAAGGUCACCGUUUCACCACAGAAAGGGGCUGAGAUUACUAACACAGCCCCUCAGCGGGGACAUGGGUCCGUUGCUGUCUCAUCCCCUCAAAAUCAUGCAGUCUCCAUGAGCUCUUCUGCCCAUCAAAGAUCAGAAACUCAGCGUUCUGUCAUACCCCUUUCAACAUCAAACCAUCCUCGCUCUACCUCCUUGCAAGAAGGACCCAGCUCCUCUGGAACACCCAUCCCUAAAGGAACUAAGAACCGGUCAAAAUCAGAAGGUUACCGCCAUUCUGCUCUUCAGCAAAAGAUCCAGCAAACUCAGGCACCGUUUUCCCAUGCUCUUCCGAUGCAGCAGAAUAUUAGUUCACCCGGAGAGGAAGCAACACGAAGAAGGGGUGAGAGCAAGUCAGGGCGUUACAGUAGUGCUUAUUCAUUAGCCUCAGAUGCCAAACCCUUUCGCCACUUGAGCUUUGCAGACCAAAAUGAUAGUGUACAAGUCUUACAAGAAGACCCACCCUCCAAGGUCCUGUACCCACAAGGAGUCAGAGUUCCCCGGAGGCCUUUGGUUUCCCCAAAGGAUAAAGCAGUCCAAACUGAGCCCAUCCAAAAAAGUGUGACUACUGCUGAGAUCAAAUCUAGGAGAGCCUCUAGCCCAGAACAUGGCAGCAAACCCAUCUUUGCAGACUCUCGAACAACCCAGAGGAGGAUCCCUGGCCAAGAGUCUGAAAUACAUUGUCACAGUUCAAUUUAUAUAGAACCCAAGGCCUUGCAAAGGAACAAGAAAUUGGACUCGUCCCUCACACUCUCUGUCCUUAAAGAUGUGGAUGGUGGACGCCAAGUUUCUGUGCAUGCAGAGCUUGAGCCUACCCUCAAGCAUUCUGCCUACACUGAACCCAAGUCCCCCCUAAAAGUCUUAGCAUCAUCAGAAGUGGAGUCCAGCAUAAAGACCCCAGUGCGAGGAGAUCGCGCAGUUAGCCGCAGAGUGACUGUCAGCUCAGGACCACAGCCAGUACAGACAGCUCCCCGUGUGACAUCUCAAGCAGGAUCAGAGAGCCCCCGCAGGGCUUCCACGAUUUCUUUUCCUGAGCCUGUCUAUAAGCAGCACACCAGGAGAACCUCAGAAAGUGUCUCCAUGUCCCCACUACCCAGACUCAAGCAUCCAGAACCUUCCCCAAGUCCCUCUUUUCAUGCCAAAGUGGAACUGACCCCUCGGCCCUUACCCCCUCGGUCCUUACCUAAGUAUGGGCCUGAGUCCUCAUGGUGGGCCUUACUCAAUACUGAAGUUGAAAUGCCCCAAAGCCAGCCAACAACACCUGAUUUUGAGGCUGAAUCCUCCCCUCCCAUAGACUAUUCAUUGUUUUCUUUUGAAAUGGACUCAAACCUUUGCUGUGAGGAUCUGAUGUUCCAGAGAGAGAAGGCAAGUGCAUCACCACCAGCAGCACCAGCGACACCACCAGUACAAUUACUAAAGGAGCCUCCAAGCCAGGCAUCAUUGAGGGGAGUGCCACAGGCCCCCAAGUACACCUGCAAAGAACCUAUUCAAAGAUGUCUCUGAGGAAAUGUACAAUCGUGUCAUCUGGUGGCUAAAAGGUCUGUGCUCUCCCCUCCUGUGAGCCCACUGUGGGGGUCUGGGUGGCUGGAGGCCAGGUGGUAG